AUGGCCAUCAUCAGGACCGCUGUAAUCACAGCUCUGGCUGGACUGGCCAGUGCAUUCGCGACUUCUCAGGACCACUACCAGCCAGUCCCAUACGGUCGAGCACCGCAUCAUUACCCAGGAGGACCUUGGCACUUUCAACCGCCCUGGAGCAGGCCAAAUGUUUGCCAUGUCCACAACCCAGGGAACGGCAGCGACGCUGCGCCAUUCAUCAUCAAGGCCUUCCAGACAUGCGGCCGCCACGGAAAGGUCGUCUUCGACAAUACAACUUACCACGUCAACAGCGUGAUGACGAUUACGGACCUGCACAAUGUUGAGGUGGAUGUUCGCGGUACGCUCGUCUGGUCGAAGGAUAUCGACUACUGGCUCAGUCAUUCUAUCCCUAUUGGCUUCCAGAAUCAGAGCUCUGCCUUCUUCUUUGGAGGCGAACAGGUGUGGUGGCACGGCAACGGAUAUGGAACAUUCGACGGAAACGGCCAGACGUGGUAUGAGGCGGUAGGAAGUCAGAACAACUAUCCAGGCCGGCCGCACGCCAUCACCUUCCGCGGACUGAACAAUUCUGUCAUUGAAGGCAUGCGCUUCAUCCAAUCUCAGAUGUGGACCAUGACCUUGGAAUGGAGCCAUAACGUCCUCCUCCAGGACAUCUACGUCAACUCGUCCUGGACAGGUGGUGGCGACGGAGAGGCCCGUCGACUCAAUCAAAAUACGGAUGGUGCAGAUACCCUCUGGUCUGAUAAUAUCACGUUUGCUCGAUGGGUCAUCGACAAUGGCGACGAUGCCAUCUCCCAAAAGGACAACAGCACGAACAUCUUGAUGGAAGAUCUAACCUUCUACCGUGGAAUCGGCAUUGCCCUCGGCUCGAUUGGACAGUAUCCCGGAGCGUACACGCAGAUUGUAAAUGUGACGGGGCGGAGGAUCAAAACAAUCCAGGCAACGUGGUACGCAGCAUAUGCGAAGAUCUGGAGCGGGACGAACACCGGGAUACCACCCAAUGGAGGAGGCGGAGGCCUGGGAAGGAUCGAGAACUUCCUGCUGGAGGACUUGGAGAUGGGCGACUCUCAAAGCGUCUUCCAGCUGUCGAGCUGCUACGGAUACUUUGGCAGCAGUCCAGCAUGUGAGACGAGUGAGUUUCAGGUGUCGAAUCUCCAAAUUCGCAAUGUGACGGGCAGUUUGUCGACGGAUGCAGUGGUCAGUCUGCAGUGCUCCGGGGCGGCGCCUUGUCAGGACGUGGACAUCGAGGAUGUGAAUGUCACAGUGCCAGACGGAGAGACGCCGCAGUAUCUCUGCGACAAUGUCGAUGACCCAGACGGGUUUGAGUGUACUGGCCCGACGCCUAUCCACGGGUAG